AACCAUUUGUUUACAAUUUGUUAAAAUGUGGCUUCGCCGGCUCCUCGAUCUUCCCCGGCUUGUUCGUCAUGCCCACUACCAGCAUGGACUAUUGCCACGUCAAAUAAUGGUCCAUCCGGACAUCCAGGCCGCCCUGAAACAUAAUCAACCAAUAGUGGCUUUAGAAUCGACAAUUAUUACACAUGGUAUGCCCAUGCCGCAAAAUGUUGAAACUGCUUUGCAGGUUGAGGAGGAAGUUCGUCAAGCAGGUGCCAUACCAGCAACUAUAGGAAUAUUAGAUGGUUGCAUUCGUGUGGGACUGACAGGGGAGGAGCUGAAGGAAUUGGCCCGCAAGCCACGGGAAGAGGUCAUCAAAUGCUCUCGUCGGGAUUUGCCCUAUGUGGUGGCAUCACGCAAAAGUGGAGGAACUACUGUGGCCGCCACUAUGCUUUUGGCUCACCAAGUGGGGAUUGAUGUCUUUGCCACUGGCGGCAUAGGUGGAGUUCAUCGAGAGGGUCACAUCACCAUGGAUGUAUCGGCGGACCUCGUUGAACUGGGAAGAACUCCAGUGGCCGUGAUAUGCAGUGGCAUCAAGUCGAUUUUGGAUAUACCCAGGACAUUGGAGUAUCUGGAAACCCAAGGGGUAUGUGUCGCCAGUUUUGAAAGUCCUCAACGUAUGUUUCCCGAUUUUUUUACCCGUGACAGUCAAUGCCAAGUGCCAUACAAUUUGAAUACCAUACAAGAGGCUGCCAAAUUGUUGAGAUCUUGGAAGGAGCUGAAUUUGAAAUCUGGGGCUUUAAUAGGUGUACCGAUACCGCAUAAAUUUGCGGCGAAUAAGAAGGAGAUCGAUCAAGCCAUCAUCGACGCUAAUCAAAAGGCAUUGGAAAACGGAAUCAAAGGUAAAGACGUGACUCCAUUUCUUCUGAAGGCCAUCACUGAAAUUACAAAGGGCAGGAGUCUAGAGUCAAAUAUGGCGUUGAUUAGGAACAACGCCAGAGUAGCAGGACAAAUAGCGAAGGAAAUGAAGACACCUAAACAGGAAAGUUUUUCAUCAUCAUCAUCAGCGAAGUCGUCAGUUGCGUCUCCUUUGGUAAUUGGAGCCUCCAUAUUGGAUUUAUCGUUCCAAUAUAAGAGCUCGGACCGUGAGUUGAACUUGGAUGGUGGCACCUAUAAGGCCACUAGCCAAUUGACAGCUGGUGGAGUGGGCCGCAAUAUAGCCGAAGGUCUCUACAAACUUCAUGGACAAGUAAAUCUUAUAUCUGCAAUAGGACGAGACAAAUUGGGCCAAAGUCUGUGCCAGUUAAUGCCAAAGGAAAUGCAAAACCAUCUGAUACUCGAUGAAAAUCAAGCGACAUCUUUGUGUUCACUAGUUUUUGAUAAAUCCGGCGACUGUAAACUGAUUCUGGGGAAUAUGGAUAUACAUUCGAUAAGCAUUAAUCCCGAACUCCUGCUACAGCAAUCGCAACUUUUCGCUCAGGCUCCGCUGGUUAUAAUGGAUAGCAAUAUCUCUGUUGAGUCUAUGGAAACGGUUCUUCGCCUGGCAGCGAAAUACAACUUACCGGUUUUCUUUGAGCCUACCGAUAUGUUUAUAGCUGGCAAACCGUUCACCUUAUCCCCCCAGCUGACCCAGCAUAUACGCCUCAUCAAGCCCAAUCUGAAAGAGCUGCAAACAAUAGUGGAAACCAUCACAGGGGAGAAAGUGUCACCAUCUGCAACCCUUCCGGCAGCUAAUGAGCGCUCUCAACUUCUGUCGGCCACAAAAGAAUUGGUUAAGAAAAUCGAUCGACACUUUAAUUGCAUCAUUUCCACGUUGGGAGAUCACGGCGUUUUAUUGAGUUAUCGGUCGGAUGCAUCUCAAAAUGUCGAAGCUUUACUGGACGUAAGUCCUCCGGCAAAGCAUAUAACACGGUUCUUUGAAGCUCCUUUGGUUGAGAAUAUUAGAAAUGUUUCCGGUGCUGGUGACAGUUUCUGUGCUGGCUUUAUAACCUCGCUCUUGAGGCGUCAUAAGGUGGAGGAAUGCGUGGCUGCUGGUUUCGUGGCUGCAGGAAGGGCUUUGCAAUCGGACUCGGCAGUGCCGGAGACUUAUUUUAAAUGUCCUGAGGAAUUUGAAUUGCGCUACAAGGAAACGCUCAAGACCUUGCAACGCCAGACUAUUGGCUAACAACAACAACAACAAGAAAAGGAAAAAAUACUUUGCAUUUUAGUUAAAAACAAAUUGUUGGUUGUUAUUGAAUGUACAAAGAAAUUUCUAUUUAAUAGGCCCACCUGGAAGAAGAAAUUGUACAAAUUUGUAAAACAAAAUGAUAUUAAACUGGCAAUUGGCAAAAACUUA